ACCUUUGGUGGCGUAUGAAUACGUCGAAGUGACACGUCUUCUGUAGCAGGUGUACAACGUAGAGAAAUUAUCAAUUGGACGCGAGGGAUAUCGGGAAAAAAAAAAUGAGAUUUACGUAUUCGGCGACUGCAAGAGCGUUCACCACAGACCUUAUCUUCGUGUUUUUACUAUAAUAAUGUCACGUGUGGUUUUCAGUUGACGUGCUUUCUUCAGCGUGACUGUAGUUUAUCCGCAUCAAAGACAUCCACUCCUUAAAGAUAUGUCUGGUACAUAUACACCAGCUCCUGGGGGGCCGUUCUCUGCUCUCACUCCAAGCAUGUGGCCUCAGGAUAUUUUGGCCAAAUACCAUCAGAAAGACCCCAAAGACCAGCCUGAGGUUCAAUACGAUGAGUUUGGCUUCAAAGUCAACACUGAAAACGACGGGGAGCUCCAGUCUUGCCUGGGCUCUGAGGGUUCCCCACAGCGUGAAGACCCCCAGCAGCGACUGCGCUGGCAAGCCCACCUGGAGUUCACCCACAACCACACGGUGGGUGACCUGACCUGGGAUCUGAUUGAUCCCGUUCUUCCCCGCUCGGAGCGCCUGCGCUCCCUGGUUCUUGGUGGGAUUCCUCACAGCAUGAGGCCACAGCUGUGGAUGCGUCUGUCUGGAGCGCUGCAGAAGAAAAGGACUUCAGAGAUCUCCUACAAAGAAAUAGUCAAGAAUAGCUCUAAUGAUGACAGCAGUACAUCCAAACAGAUAGAGAAGGACUUGUUACGGACGAUGCCGACCAACGCCUGCUUCAACAGUCUGAACAGUGUAGGAGUGCCGAGGUUGAGACGGCUCCUGCGGAGCCUGGCGUGGCUCUACCCAGACAUCGGGUACUGUCAGGGGACCGGCAUGGUGAUCUCCUGCCUGCUCCUCUUUCUGGAGGAGGAAGAUGCUCUGUGGAUGAUGUGCGCUCUGAUCGAAGACCUCCUCCCUCCAUCCUACUUCUCCUCAACUCUGCUAGGAGUCCAAACAGACCAGCGGGUUCUUCGCCAGCUGAUUGUUCAGUACUUGCCGUCUCUUGACCACCUCCUCCAGGAGCACGACAUCGAGUUGUCGCUGAUCACGCUUCACUGGUUCCUGACAUCAUUUGCUAGUGUUGUGGACAUCCGUCUACUCCUUAGGAUCUGGGAUCUCCUCUUCUAUCAGGGCUCGCUGGUUCUAUUCCAGGUCACUCUUGGCAUGCUAAAGAUCAAGGAGGAAGAACUUGUAUCAUCAGAGAACUCUGCGUCCAUUUUUAACACUCUGUCAGACUUGCCGAGUCAGCUACGAGACGGCGCGAGUGUUCUGGGAGAGGCUAUGCGACUAGCAGGAGGAUUAUCGCAGGAAACGGUAGAAGCUCAACGACAUAAGCACCUAGCAUACAUCCUGAACGAACAGGCACAGCUGAACAACGGAAACAACACAACACUCAAUCUCAACAAGGUGGUGAGGAGACAGUCCCUGCGCAGAAGAUCCACCCUCACCUCUCUGUUAUUUGGCCAGGACGAGGCGGAAGCCCUGAAAUCAAAGAACAUUAAACAGACCAAGUUGGUGGCUUCCCUCCGGGAGGCCAUCACUCGCACUGCAGAGCAUUUCCACUGUUUGGACCCACGUCACUCCAGCGCUGAACUCACACCAGAUUAUUCCAUGGAGAGCCACCAGCGAGACCACGAAACCUUUCUCGUGGUGUCCCGUAACCGGCGGAGACGGGCCAAGGCGCUGCUGGACUUUGAGCGCCAUGAUGACGAUGAACUGGGCUUCAGAAAGAAUGACAUCAUCACGAUCAUCUCACAAAAAGAUGAACACUGCUGGGUCGGUGAGCUCAAUGGUCUCAGAGGUUGGUUUCCAGCAAAGUUUGUGGAGAUCCUCGAUGAAAGAAGCAAAGAGUACUCUCUCGCAGGUGACGACUCUGUCACUGAGGCGGUGACGGACCUGGUGAGGGGCACUCUGUGUCCCGCUCUGAAGGCCAUCUUUCUGCACGGACUGAAAAAACCUUCCAUUCUGGGUGGACCCUGUCAUCCAUGGCUGUUUAUAGAGGAGGCUGCCAGUAGAGAGGUUGAGAGAGACUUUAACUCUGUCUACUCCAGACUGGUUCUCUGUAAAACCUACAGGCUAGAUGAAGAUGGGAAAGUGCUUACUCCAGAGGAGCUGUUAUACAGAGCAGUGCAGUCCGUCAACAUGAGCCACGACUCCGCACAUGCUCAGAUGGACGUCAAGUUUAGGUCUCUUAUCUGCGUCGGCCUGAAUGAGCAGGUGCUGCACUUAUGGUUGGAGGUUCUGUGCUCCAGCAUGGCGGCUGUAGAAAAGUGGUAUCAUCCGUGGUCGUUCCUUCGCAGUCCUGGAUGGGUGCAGAUCAAGUGUGAGCUAAGGGUCCUAUCAAAGUUUGCAUUCAGUCUUUCUCAAGAUUGUGAGCUUCCUGAGAAGAAAGAGGAGAAGGAGCAGAAACCGCUGAAGGAAGGCGUGCAGGACAUGCUGGUGAAGCAUCACCUGUUUAGCUGGGACAUAGACGGUUAAACAAAACACUACAUGUGGUCGUACACUCCUCUCUGCUGCGGUCCUGCUCACGUUUGUCUUUUUGGAAGCUGACUAAAAAGACAAACCAGGACACUUGGACACUAAAUCCUCCUGCUGUCGGCAUGGAAACGCCCACUCCUGACUCUUAUAAAGUCCAGCUGAUUCUUCAGAAGUGCCGAAGCAAAACCUACAGCAUAUCUACGGCAAAGUUUAUUUUUAUUCACACCCUACACUCAAAGCUCCACUACAAGAUGAAAACAUAUUUAUAGAAAUGUAUAUAUAAAACACUCCUGCAGUGCAGAAUAUUGUGUACUACUGUGUUCCAACAGUAUUCCUUCAGUACACAGCACUUUGUCAUCUCUUCUCUUGCACAUUUAGAGGUGAUCGCCCUAAAAGUGUUCAGUCUAUUUCCUCCUCAGUGUUGAGUACAGAGAACAGCACUCUUCAACUUAUUAUUGAGAGGAACACAACUCUGUCUACAAGUGGAUUGAAUGUUUCAGUGCUGUAAUGUUACCAUAGUGACUCACAACUGUGUGCUACCUUUGAAUGGUAGGGAAAAUAUACUUGUACAAUAGAUCAUGUACACAAAGUGAAUCAUUUUUGUGUUGUAUAAAUACAUGUUACAAACAACUACCA